GGAAGGCAGUGGCAAGAUGGCGGCUCUGGAUCGGGUGAAGGUCCUUGUGUUGGGAGACUCAGGUGUUGGGAAAUCUUCUCUAGUCCAUCUUCUAUGCCAAAAUCAAGUGCUGGGAAAUCCAUCCUGGACCGUGGGCUGCUCAGUGGAUGUCAGAAUUCAUGACUACAAAGAAGGAACGCCGGAAGAGAAGGCCUACUAUAUAGAAUUGUGGGAUGUUGGUGGCUCUGUGGGCAGUGCCAGCAGUGUGAAAAGCACAAGAGCGGUAUUCUACAACUCUGUAAAUGGAAUUAUUUUAGUGCAUGACUUAACAAAUAAGAAGUCAUCCCAAAACUUGUAUCGUUGGUCACUGGAAGCUCUAAACAGGGAUUUGGUGCCAACUGGAGUCUUAGUGACAAAUGGGGAUUAUGACCGGGAACAGUUUGCUGAUAACCAAAUCCCACUACUGGUGAUAGGGACUAAACUGGACCAGAUUCAUGAAACUAAACGUCAUGAAGUUUUAACUAGGACUGCUUUCCUGGCUGAGGAUUUCAAUGCAGAAGAGAUAAAUUUGGAUUGCACAAAUCCGCGGUACUUAGCCGCAGGCUCUUCCAAUGCUGUCAAGCUCAGUAGAUUUUUUGAUAAGGUCAUAGAGAAGAGAUACUUCCUACGGGACAGUAAUCAGAUUCCGGGCUUUGCUGAUCGAAAAAGGUGUGGAGGAGGAACAUUGAAGAGCCUUCAUUAUUACUGAAUUACACUUAUCCUUUGGAAGACUGAGCAAGCAGUGGCAGUUUUUCACAGCUUUCCUCUUGCUGUGUCAGUUAUUAACAUCACAGCCUUUUAAUCAAAUCAUCUUAAAGUGCGAGCCUUCAGCCCUCACCCUCUAAUGGAAAAAUGAAAAGAAGUGACAACGUGGGAGGUGCGGACUUUUCCCUGGCUCCCUCUGCUCCUCACCUUUCUGUGCCUGUUUAUAGAUCCUGUAAAAGCCUUGUGGAAAUAUGAGGUAUUGUCAGAAUGAUGUGGUAAAUGAGCAGUGACAAAGCGCUGCAGAGAAAAUGUACUCUUGCCCAGGACUGGAGGGUUUUUAUGGCUCUGUAAUUUCCUGAUCUCAUUGCUGAAGGCUUAAUUAAGUGCUUCAGAAAUGUAUCUCUAUUGUUUUGCCUUCUUGAGAGGAAAGGUUAUGUUAACCAGCCCUCAGUGGUCCACCCCAAUAAUCUCUCAUUUUCAAGAAAGCAAAAUGGUGUUAUUUAAUUGUCUCCCCCAUCAUUUCUCUCUCAUUCUCUUUCUCUCCCUAACAGACACACACACACACACACACACACACACACACACACACGCCUAAAAAUAGCAACUCUUUCCUCCAGCUCCUCUCCUUUGCAGAUAGCUUGGUGGCUGGGAGAAAUGGAAUGAGAGCUGGAGUUAAAUAUAAAUACAGAUUAAUAAUACAUAGACCAGUAGUCAGAGAAGAAAAGAAUUCUAUGAGAAACUGACAGCUCCUGUCUUUGGGUUGCAGCUGACUGCAGUCUGUCCUGGUGUUUUCUGCCUGGAAAUGGGUAAGGUGAAACCUAAGUCCUGCUCAGAGGCAGCGAGAGAGUUAAAGCCUCUUUGGUAUUUAUGUUCUUAAAGGAAAAAUCAAAAUCUGAAGUGUCAUUUAACUAAACUCAAUGAAUAGCAUGACUCAUGUAUCAAUAAUGUAUUCAUGGAGAAAAGUAAAAAGUUCCACCAUCUUACAUUUACAUAAAUUAUGAACUAGGAUUUUUCAAUUUCAUAAUCACUCCAAAGCUUUUGGGGGAUGUAGGCUGUGUCUCUGUGUGUAUGCUUGUUUAAUUUACUUGGCCCCAGUUCUUCCUUAACAUAUUAACCUACUUUCAAAAAAUUUACAAAUUUACUGUCUUUGUCAACACUUGGUCACCCAUAUUAUAUCUCUCUGGUUUUGUUACAGAUCUCUGCACUCUUUUUUUCUUGCAUAUUAAAAAGUAAUAAUAGUAAGUGCUCAGUUUCAUUUCUUAUUUUAAAACUAGAGAAAAACCACAAAGCUCACUUUCUGUUCCAUUUCAGUGAAAUUUCAGAAGUGCUCUGGAAAUCAAGGUAUGCUGAGAAAGGAUAUUAAAAUGAAAACAUGAAAGAAUCCCUUUUAGAAAGGCAGCCUUAGGAAUUUGGGAGAGGAUUCCUAAAGCACUUGUCUUCAGAUUGUUCUCCAAGCUUUCCCCAUUUCCUUCCUUUGUUUUUUUAACAUUAACGCCAAGCUAUGGGAAUCAUGAUUGCCCUGUUGAAUUUGCCACAAGUGUGCUGUGUGAUAAGGGCUUUGCAGUUGGGAAGUAGAAAGCAAAUGCGACAGACGCGUAAACCAGUUGCAACACUUGGUAUUUUUUUGAAUAACAGCAAUAAAAUCUAAAACCCCUUU